UGUUAAAAAAUAAACAAAAAUCACCUAAAUGUUAAAAUUUGUUAUUUAUUCUUCAAGUAGUUGACGGAACACCAGGACACCGCAUCACAAUAUAAUUCGAUUAAAAAAAGUGUUUAAUAUGAAGUUUUCAAUAAUUUUAUCGAUUAUCUGCAUCGUCUGCUUAAACAUUGUCAACUGUCAAUUGAACAUAAUUAAAGAUAUAAUCCAAUAUAAUGUAGCAGGUAUUCCAUUAAUUCACAAAGUAAAAAGGAUCGAAUUUGAUCCAGACGUAUCUUUACGCCGCCGAAAACAAUUUGAAGAAUUGCAUGGUGAAAAAGCUGAAAAACUGAUUGAGCGAUUGGGCUUGGGUAUUGAUGGCUAUGCGGAUGAACGUUUGCAACAACAACGUGCCAGAGACGAAGGCCAUUUGGGUGGAUUGAAUUAUUUAACACCUUAAUUAAAAUAGUAAAAAUGUAAUUUUUGUAUUGUUAAGUAAAUAAAUA